GUUGUUGUUGUUGACAAUCAGGCUACGGCGCCGCGGUCCUUUUAUUUUGAAAUCCAUCCGCAGCCUUAGGAAGCGUUGAUCUGUUUUCUCUGAAGACUUCGCCUCGCCCCUUUCUAAACUCUGUAACUUUUCAUCAAUGAUUCACUGCGUCGGACUCGACCUGCUGACCUUCCCUUAUGUUUUUAAAACAAAAAGACACGCUCAGAUGAGCCUCAGCCCGAGUUGUGCGUUCAGUCUCCCCAGACUCCUGAGCUGAAGAGCAGAGGGCCAACACACUCAUCUGCUCCGCUACACCGCAGCUCAUUCCUGGGAAACAAGAACUUCCAGCUCAUCUGGAUCCUUAGGCUGUCACACAGGAGUCAGCAGCUGGUCAUCCGCACAAAACACACUCAGACAGCCGAGGAAAAAAAAAGGUUUGGAUUCUCCAGGUGGAUUGAGAACACAUCAGUCCAUGGCACACUGCAACCUGCGGUCGACCCCCUCCUCUCCUCUUGAUGAUGUCAAUUUGGGACCUUCAGCAAACCCACACGCCAGACCGACUGACUUUGACUUCCUGGCUGUCAUUGGUAAAGGAACCUUUGGGAAGGUCCUGCUUGCAAAGCUGAAAGCCGACAACAAGUUCUACGCAGUCAAAGUUCUGCAGAAGAAGAUCAUCCUCAAGAAAAAAGAGCAAAAGAACAUCAUGGCAGAGAGGAACGUGCUGCUGAAGAGCCUGAAACACCCGUUUCUGGUCCGGCUCCACUACUCCUUUCAGACCGCAGAAAAACUCUACUUUGUGCUUGACUAUGUAAACGGAGGAGAGCUCUUCUUCCACCUCCAGAGGGAGAGGUGUUUCUCGGAGCCGAGGGCGAGGUUCUACGCUGCCGAAGUGGCGAGCGCUAUCGGCUACCUCCACUCUCUUAACAUCGUCUACAGAGACUUAAAACCAGAGAAUAUCCUUUUAGACUCCCAGGGUCAUGUGGUGCUGACAGACUUCGGGCUGUGCAAAGAAGGCGUUGAGCCAGAAGGAACCACCUCCACUUUCUGUGGCACCCCAGAGUACUUGGCACCGGAGAUUCUGCGUAAGGAACCAUACGACAGGACAGUGGACUGGUGGUGUCUGGGAGCCGUUCUCUAUGAGAUGAUCUAUAGCUUGCCUCCUUUCUACAGUCGGGACGUUGGUGAAAUGUACGAUGGGAUUCUCCACAAGACGCUGCCGCUCCCUCCGGGGAAGUCUGAGGUCGUCUGCUCUCUGCUGGUCGGUCUUCUGCAGAAAGACCCACACAGACGACUCGGAGUGAUUGCUGACUUUUUAGAAAUAAAGAACCAUCCCUUCUUUGCUCCAAUCAACUGGGACGACCUGUAUCACAAGAGGAUCACUCCUCCUUACAACCCCAAUGUGAGAGGCCCGGCCGACACCCAACACAUUGAUCCAGAGUUCACCAGGGAAAUGGUUCCCAGCUCGGUGAGUCGGACCCCGGAGUUUAACGCCAGCACCAGCUCCAACAACGCUUUCAAUGGGUUCUCCUUCGUCGGCACAGAGGACAGUUUCCUGUGAGGCCAAAAGGUUCAAACUGUCAGAAAAACCAGUGAAAAUGAUAUGUUCUGUCAAAGAAAGGGGACGAUCGCUGUUCUGUGUUUUCAUCUCAGAGAUGUAACAGAAUCCCAGCUGGCGUAGCUCAGAGGUGGAGCAUGCAGGAAAUGGAGAUGUUCAGAGCAUCCGGACAGCAAAUGUUUCCUUGUUCAUUUCAUAUGAAGAAGCGUAAGGAACACUUGAGGCUGGAUGUAGACUAAUGAUUAGUUUUAUAUAUAUAGAUAUAUAUAUUUAGAUGUUAUGGUAAAAAGUAAAGCACUGCAUUUCCUUAAGUAUGUCCAGAAACUGAAUGGACACAGACAAAAAUAAGAAAUAAUCAUAUAAGACAAGAAAUAUCUGAAAAUCAAAAAGGAAACUCAACUCUUGCUUGUAUAAUUUAAAUCUCAUUUCUGGUGUGAUUGGUGGGCUAAAAGGGUUUUUUUUAAUCUACUUUUUUUUAAAUAUUUUUGUAAAUUGUAUGAUUUUUAUUUACAGAUAAAUGGGUUAAUUGCACAGUGGAACAAAGGUAAACUUAUGCACAGCACCAGUCUUCUGAAGUCUGCUUCCAGGCUUUUCGCUAGUUACUUUAUAAAACAAAGAUGUGAACUUUUAUUGAAAAGAAAUUAGUUUGGUGAGGUUAAUGAAGCAAUUGUAAACGUGCUUCUUUUCUAUAAUAAUCACAAAUAUUUUUAUGAACAAAAAUAGACGGUUAUGUUCACGGGCUUGAAUGUCUACAUUAAUCUGCAAGCAAAAACAUACUUGAUGUAGCAGUCACCUACACUGAAGUAUUAAUAUUAAAGCUGGUUUUUAUAUUUAUGUAUUGUAACUCCUGAAUACUGUAAAUGUACAGUAACCGCUUUGCAAAAAUAAUUGUGCAAUGUGUUAAAAUUGAUGUAUCAGUGUAAGCACGUGAAGUGCUUCUCCCAUAACUAUUUUAGUGAUCAUUGGGGCUAGGUUUUGGAUUUAAUGUAUAAUUCCAAGUGAAAUAAAUCAUCUAAUUUGUACAUGUAAAAUAAAGAUAUGUAUUUAAAUUCA